CUUACCAACCUGUCAUCUGAACCACUGGGUAUCUUUCUGUUUUCUUUAUGUUUUUCCUCGCCAAGGUUGCUGUACUGGGCUUGUCCUUGCCAUUACUUGUAAGGGCGAUUUCUCCGCUCUUCGCUGUGCAGAACGAUGCGUACGACGCCGGACUUUUCACCCCACUGGAGGAUUUGGACCUGCUCUCUUAUUCAAAGUUCACCGCCUUGAGUCAUCCGGCUUUUCCGAAUUACAACGUCAGAAUCAAGAAGACUGCCUUUUGCGAUGAUACUGUUGCGGCUUAUACGGGAUACAUCGACAUUGAAGCAAGGCAUCUCUUCUUCUAUUUCUUUGAGAGCAGGAAUGACCCGGAUACCGACGAUGUCAUCUUCUGGACUAACGGAGGACCUGGUGGCUCUUCAAUGCUAGGGUUGUUCAUGGAGCUUGGCCCUUGCCGGAUUAUCGAUGAUAGAGGACCUAUCUUUCACAAAGAGUCCUGGAAUUCUAAUGCCAACGUCUUUUUCAUCGACCAGCCUAUUGGUGUAGGCUUUUCUUACGCUGACUAUGGCGAAACCGUCCGCAACACUGAAGAAGCCGCCAAAGAUAUCGCAUCCUUUGUGGCCAUCUUCUUCGAGCACUUUACCAAGUUUAAAGGUCGCGGCUUUCACAUGGCUGGGGAAUCUUAUGGCGGACGUUACUUACCGCUCUUCGCUUCUGCGGUGUAUGACCAAAAUGCAUACCUAAUCGAUGCUGGCCUUACACCAGUCAACUUGUCUUCGGUCAUGAUUGGAAACGGGUUAACUGAAUUCGCUUCCAUGACCUUAUCCUAUUACGACAUCGCGUGUACUGCUGCUUCUGUUCCCCCGGUUCUGAAUAUCUCAACAUGCAUUCGCAUGAAACAAGUGCUCCCUCGAUGCCAGAAGUGGAUGAAAGCCGCCUGCAUUGACCAGUUUGACAACAUCAACUGUGAUGCUGCAGUCAGUUUCUGCAAUAGUGAACUAUCUGAUCCGUACUUCAACACGAACAAAAACCCAUACGAUAUGAGCGUCGACUGCGAUGGACCUAUCCAAGAGACUCUCUGCUACCCCGUAACUCAGAACAUAUCCGCAUACCUGGACCGGCCCGAUGUGCGCACCGAUCUAGGUGUCGACCCGCACUUUGACGGACAGAACUUCAGUUCCGUCUCCUGGGAGGUAUACAACGCCUUCACAGAAAGUAUGGACGAGUACCGCCAGACGCAACUGUAUGUUGCGGCCCUGCUGGAGCGCAAGGUGCGGGUCCUCGUGUACGUGGGCAACUAUGAUUUCAUAUGUAAUUGGGUUGGGAACAAUGCGUGGACGUUGGCGCUAGAUUGGAGUGGGAAGGAGUCGUUUGUAAAUGAGGAGCUAAGGGAGUGGUUCGUUGGGGAGAAGACGGCUGGUUUGACGAGGAGCAACCAGGGUUUGACGUUUGCUACGAUUGAAGGGGCCGGCCAUAUGGUACCUUAUGACAAACCCCAGGAAGCUCUAGAACUUGUCAGUCGGUGGUUGGAGGGACAGACCUUAUAGUCUAUAGAGCGCAUUGACUCGUCUCUAAAUUGAUACCUCAAUUAUUGGUGUGUAACUCUAAUUGCCUCGCUCGUCUGCGUGAAUGCAGGGUCUCAGUUCACACGUGCGAGUGAUUAUUGC